AUGAAUGAUGCUAUGAAAAGCGACACAACUCAAGACAGCCGAACAAAAAAAACAUCAUCAACAUCCGUUUCAGGCAACACUAAUUCUGCGUCUAAUUCACAACCACACAACAUAUUAAAUAGUAAUACAACAAUCAACCGUAGUACUGUAGAAAAAGCACUGAGACCGAUAACAGGUAUUGCCAGUGACGAAGAUACAUCUCUAGAUUUAACUGAUGUUUCUAUAAUAUCUGUUGGUGUUUCACGUUUUCAUGAUAACAUGUUGACUGACGAUGACGAAGACAUUGAAGUAAAUACUGAUAACAGUGAUAAUGAAGAUGAGGAUGAAGACAAUGAAAAUGUACAUUUCACAACAUUACAGCAACGACGUUUAAAUGAUGACAUUGAUAUUGGCCAUAUUGAUCCUGAUACACAAGCAAAGCUAGCAGCGAUUCUUGAAGCAACAGGAAUCACAAAUGCUCCCAUUCCCGAAGAUUUUUGGCGGGAUCAACAAGUUGUACGCUUACUGACAAGUAGUGUAACAAAUAAUUUAAAUGGAUUAAAUGAGAUUGGAACGGAUCUUGUUUCGACGACAAGUGGAAUACUGUCGACCGGUACAACGACGCCAGCAGGAAAUGAAAAAAAAUCAAAUCGAUCAACAACUAGUAAAGAGAGUCCGGGUGCAUUUGUACGUGCAUGUGUGGAUAAUGAUUUACGCACAGUAGAAAAAAUGUUACAAACAACAAAUGGUAAAGAUCAUUUGAAUGAUGUCAAUGAAGAUGGUGACAGUGUAUUAGCAUUAGCAUGCAGUAGUGGCUAUAUGGAACUAGUUAAAUUAUUGUUAGGCACUAAAAUUGAUAUUGAUGACAAGGGUACAAAAGGAGACUGUACACCACUAAUGGAAGCAUGUAAUGCUGGUCAUUAUGAUAUUGUUGAAUUAUUACUUCAACAUACUGCAAAUGUAAAUAUUCAAUCAACAUCGGGAAAUUCAGCGUUACAUUAUGCAGCAUCAGCCGGCUAUGCCGAUAUUGUUCAAUUAUUAUUAGAUAAUAACGCCAAAGUUGAAGAAACUAAUGAAAAUGGGCAUACAGCAUUGAUGGAAGCAGCAAGUAGUGGUCAUGUGGAUGUAGCACGCGUAUUAUUAGCUCAUGGAGCUGGUGUCAACACCCAUUCAAAUGAAUUUAAAGAAAGUGCACUCACACUUUCUUGUUAUAAAGGUCACUUAGAUAUGGUACAGUUUUUAUUAGAACAUGGAGCUGAUAAACAACACAAAACAGAUGAAAUGCAUACAGCGCUAAUGGAAGCUUGUAUGGAUGGCCAUGUACAAGUAGCUAAAUUAUUGCUUGAUCAUGGCGCUGAUGUUAACAUGCCUCCCGAUAGCUAUGAAUCACCAUUAACAUUGGCUGCCUGCGGCGGUCACAUCGAACUAGCUUCGUUACUUAUUGAACGUGGUGCAAAUUUAGAAGAAGUCAAUGAUGAAGGUUACACACCAUUGAUGGAAGCAAGUAGAGAGGGACAUGAUGAUUUAGUGACUUUACUUGUAUCACAAGGUGCUGAUGUAAAUCAAACAACGGUUGCUGGGGAUUCAAGUCUUCAUUAUGCCUGUGAAUCAGGUCAUACCGAAGUAGCUGAGUUAUUGUUGCAUGCUGGUGCAAAUAUUGAACAACCGGAGAAUGAAAAAAACAUGACACCAUUAAUGAAAGCCGCAAGAGCUGGACACACGUGUACUGUUCGAUAUUUAAUAUUAAAAGGUGCUGAUGUAAAUCAUUCUACAGUUAAUAAUGAUCAAACUGUUUUGUCACUGGCAUGUGCUGGAGGAAACAUUGAAAUAACAUCCUUACUGUUGAAACAUGGGGCAGAUCCGAAUCAUUUGUUAAAGGAUCGUUCUAAUUGUUUGAUCGAAGCAGCUAAAGGCGGCCAUACAUCUAUUGUUCAGUUAUUACUUGAAUAUCCUAAAAGUGUUCUUCAAAGACCAUUGCCAUCAUCCGCUGGUGUUGCUCUAAAUCCAGCAUGUUCUUCCUCCUCAUCUUCUUCCUCUUCAACAGUGACUGACAAUCGUUCUCAACAACAAUGUCAAAUUGAAAAUAAUUCCCAAUCAGUUAAUCACUUAAUUGAACCACCACGUGUACCACCGUUACCCAACGAGACAAAUGAUUCAAUGUCACUUCCUGUCUCGUUUUUACUCAAUGAAGAACAACAACAAUGUCCGACUCAAGCAACAGUGCCAUUCGUUUCCCAACUUUACUCUCCUAAUUCUUUCCAACAUCCACAUGAUUCGAAAAGAGAUUGUUUACAAACGGUCGAUAAAUUACGACAAUCAGCUGGAGGUGGUGGCACGCUUAAGCAUAUUGUACCAAGAAAUAUUCUAGAUGUAUUACGUACAGUUGAUGUUGAUUCAUUAUCAGGAACGACAACAGACGGAAUGGCUGAAAUUGUUAAAAAGUUAACUACAUCACCAAAUAUGACAGCAGCUGUUAACGAAUUAAUCCAUGAAAAUAGUUUACUCCAUUUUGCUUCUCAACCAUCUUCGUCACUGACAACAGUGAAUGAUCCUAGUCAACAUGCUCUAUUAUUGCAAUCAACAGAUAUUGCUGCCAUUGACACUGGCGCCACAGAACCACUUAGCCCAAAACCUUUUCCAUGGCAACCAUCGACUCACGAUCCCAUAGAGAGUGGUGGUACCAUGUCACCGCAACAAUUUCAUCAAUCUCCUAAUGCUCAUUUAUCCGAAACACAACAACCGUUUUCUACCACAACCAAUCAAUCAUCGACAUCCUCCUCUUCAUCUUCACGUGAAACUACUCUAUCACCGACAGUACAGCAACAACAACAAGCUAAAAAACUUUAUAUACUUGAACGAUUACAAUACGUGGAAAAAGGUAGAACUUCAAAGAACAUUUAUUUUCUUGCACCGAAACAUGUUGCAACAAAACAUUUGGACUGGGUUUUUAA